AUCAGGCUCCAUAAGUGCCCCCAAGUGACUUCAAUUUCUGUCCUCAACAAAAGAUACCAAAAGAAAUGCAGGAAUGCCUGACCUAGAAAAAAACAUGCAGAAGAACGAGAAAGAUACAUGCAGUAAAGAUGAAAGAGAAGUGCCAAAACUUCCAGUCCCACCACUGCAACAGACCUUACGCAUGUACCUACAGAGCAUGAAACACUUGGUGCCAGAGGAACAAUUUAAAAAGACCAAGGCCAUCGUGGAGAAAUUUGGAAUUCCAGGAGGCCUGGGGGAAUCCUUGCAGCAAAUGCUUGAGGAAAGAAGUGAAAAGACAACAAACUGGGUGUUUAACUACUGGCUGGAGGACAUGUACCUCAACAACCGCCUGGCUCUCCCAAUCAAUUCCAGCCCCGCAAUUAUCUUUGCUCGUCAGCAUUUCAAGGACGUAAAUGACCAGCUGAGGUUUGCUGCCAAUCUCAUUUCAGGAGUGCAAGACUACAAAGCUUUACUGGACACCCAUGCUUUACCUCCUGAUUUUUCUCGUGGACAGCUGUCUGGCCAUCCUCUCUGUAUGAAGCAAUACUAUGGACUCUUUUCUUCCUAUCGUCUUCCAGGACGUACCAAAGAUACCCUCGUGGCCCAGAAAAGCAAUGUAAUGCCAGAACCAGAGCACAUCAUUGUUGCUUGUAACAAUCAGUUUUUUGUUUUGGAUGUUGUCAUUAAUUUCCGUCGCCUCAGUGAGGGAGAUCUUUUCACUCAGUUACAAAAGAUAGCAAAAAUGGCAGAGAAUGAAGAGGAAAUGCUGCCUCCAAUUGGCCUGCUGACAACAGAUGGAAGAACAGAGUGGGCAGAGGCCAGGAUGAUCCUUAUGAAAGACUCCACCAACCGCGACUCUCUGGACAUGAUUGAGCGGUGCAUAUGCCUGGUGUGCCUGGACAGCCCCGGCGCGGUGGAACCCAACGACACCAACAGGGCACUGCAGAUGCUGCACGGAGGAGGCUACCACAGAAACGGGGCCAACCGCUGGUACGACAAACCCAUGCAGUUUGUGGUAGGAAGAGACGGAAUCUGCGGGACCGUGUGCGAACAUUCCCCUUUCGAUGGCAUUGUAAUGGUGCAGUGCACGGAAUACCUGCUCAGGCACAUGAAAGAAAGUUCCAAGAAAUUAGUCCGAGCUGAUUCAGUGAGCGAGCUUCCUGCUCCACGGAGACUAAGAUGGAAGUGUUCCCCUGAUAUUCAGACACAUUUGGCAUCAGCAGCAGAAAAACUCCAAAGGGCAGUGGAAAAUCUGGAUUUUAUUGCCUACAAGUUUGUGCACUAUGGAAAGGAAUUUGUUAAGAAACAAAAGAUUAGCCCAGAUGCCUACAUUCAAGUAGCACUUCAGUUGGCAUUCUACAGGUGUCACAGGAAGAUUGUGCCAACCUAUGAAAGUGCUUCCCUGCGCCGAUUUGAUGAGGGCCGGGUUGAGAAUAUUAGGGCUGCUACCUCAGAAGCAUUUGCUUUUGUCAAAGCAAUGGCAGGUGACAAGACAGCUGUGUCGGAUUCUGAGAAGAUGCAGAAAUUUAAGGAUGCAAUUGCAGCUCAGACUAAUUACUCUGUUCUGGCUGUUACUGGAAUGGCAAUAGACAAUCACCUGCUAGGGCUCAGAGAGGUGGCACGGGAACACUUCAAGGAGCUGCCAGAGAUAUUUACAGAUGAGACUUAUCUGACAAGCAAUCGAUUCAUCCUCUCAACCAGCCAGGUUCCUACCACUAUGGAAAUGUUCUGCUGCUAUGGGCCUGUGGUGCCCAAUGGAUACGGGGCGUGUUAUAACCCUCAGCCAGAUCAUAUAUUAUUCUGCAUCUCAAGCUUUAAAGGGUGCAAGGAAACCUCCUCAGACAUGUUUGCAAAAGCUGUGGAAGACAGUCUCCUAGCAAUGAGAGACCUGUGCAACAAAUGCAGUUCUCCUGCAGCAAAGCCACCUGCUAAACAAGAUGCAGCCACUCAGCUGCCGAGUGACCACCACCGCUAA